AGAAUGGUUUACGAAAACACGGUUUAUUUAUAUAUGAUGUUGUGUGUAUCUACGGUCGAGAUUGUCGUAAAUUACCAUACAGGAAAAGAAUGGAAUUAGCUGAACAAAUGACAAAUGUAAUUAAUUUUCCAGAUAUGACUUCAUCCAAUGUUCGUGUACCACCAUUUCUAAAAUUGUCAGAAAUAGUUGAUUAUGUGAAAAAACUACCUCUUCUACCGUGUAAGGAUUCACCAACACUUGUACCAAUGCAUUGUUUACCCGAUGGUUUUACAUUUCAACCACAUUCUUUGUUAUUAGUACAACAUAUGACAGAUAAUUGGACUGAAGAGAUUAGUAGGAGUACUGGAAAGGUGUAUUACUUUAACCGAGUGAAAUCUGAAUCCACUUUUGAUUUACCAGAAAGUGAACACUUGUCAUUCACCGAUACACAUUACACAAAACUACCUUGGAUAACAGAACAAAAAUAUUAUCCAAGUGUUACUACUUUAGUACAAUAUUUAGAAAAAAUGUCAGAUCCUUAUUCAUAGUUGCUGGGUGAUAUGCAUAAUUAUUCAUUGGUUCAGAUUAUUUGUUUUCAAUUUCAUUCUAGCACACACACACUCACAAACACUUUUUGUAUGUUUCUUUUUUGUUUAUUCAUGAAGAAAAUAACAAUAACCUAAUUGUUUGCCCCCUUUGUAUAAAUUUUUUUCUUGAUUCGUAGUGUUUGUUUUAUCGCAAAAUAUUUUCAAUGAUUUAUAAGAGGAGUAAAAGAUGAUGAUGAUGAGGGGGGGAUCCCAUUCAACUAAAAAGGUGGCGGUUUGGAUUAUUUUGUUGUUAGGUGAUUAAAGUUAUAAAACUAGUUAUGGACAAUUUUUUUUAGUUUUGCAUAAAAUUUAAUAUUUGUUACUGUAAGUUUUUGUUUGGCCUCCUCAAGAUUGUCUGUAUCAUACAGCGUUUUCAAAGUUGAUAA